AUUGCCAAACGACACCGUUUCAGUUUUCUUUAUGCCCACAAAAAGUACUGUCCCUUGCUCCCUUACCACAUCUUUGGCCCAACUCAGUGUUGUGUUUCUAGUUUCUACCCAUUUAAACAGAGCCUCAGAUCUGCUUUGAGAUCAUUGUACCUUGAGUUGAGGGUCAAUUUAUACUGCAAGAAAGGAAUUAUUUUUAUAGCCAAAAGGUACAAUCAUUCUAGCACAAGAAUGUGAGAAAAGUGCAGGAAAAUGAAAGCGUGAUGAGUUUGUGUUUGUGUGGGUGUGUAGAGCAAAUAAAACCUUCUCUGUUCAUGUUGUCUUCCCCUGCACUCCAAAACCUCUCUUCUUAAAACAUCCCCCACCCCUAAACCCCUCCUCACUCCUCAGUAUCAACUCCUCGACUCACCCAAACACACAAAACCCAGGAGAACGCGAAGCGGGUUUCAAAAUGUGGAAGAAGGUGGGAUGGCUCUCGCAUCUUUUCUCUCUCUCUCUGUUGACUUUUGCUGCUGGCACAGGUCAAGAAUCUUUUGAGCUCCUCCAUGUCUGCGACCCUUCAACUCCAGGGGCCCUUCAAGCAAUGUCCAACGCAGGCCUUCCCCUCGCAGUCUCCGUGAGCAACUCAGACCUCCGAGAGGUUUCCCGCAGCGUUUUGUUGGCCGAGAGUUGGGUCAGAACCCAUGUUCUGGCUCACUUCCCCUCCACCCAAAUCACCGCCAUUGUGGUAGGAAAUGCUUAUCUCCUCUGCAACACAAACCAAGAACACCAAUUGGGCUUGGUCCUGCCUUCUCUGAAAAACAUCUUUCACUCCCUCACCAGGUGGGGCUUGCAGAGGGAAAUCACAGUCUCCGCCGCUCUCUCUUCUGAGUGUUUUCCCCCAAAAUCUUCUUCACUCGGUAACGAUUUGACCGAUAGAAUCCUCAAACCCCUGUUGAAGUUUCUCCAAGACACCAACUCUACUUACUCUGUGAACCCGCCCCCAGAUUCCCCUCAUUCCUCAGGUGACGAGACCGUUCGCCUUGUGUCUUCCCACAAGGAAUUCGUAAAAGAGCUUGGGUUUUACGAGCUGAACAGGAUUGCUGUGCUAGUCCCAGGCGCAAAAGAAAGAAAACCCAAGAGCAGGAAACUCUCGGUCAUGAGUUCUUUGCUCGUGGACUCAUUGCCGGCGAGGCCAAAACCGCUACCAGAGUUUCCGCCGUCCACAGCCCAGCCCUCAUACGGGUACCCUGCUCCCCCAAAUGUGGCCAAUAACCCUUUUCCGCCGCUGCCCCAAACGGCCUCGCCGCCACCUUCAGCGUUGCCACCCCUGGUCUCUCCUUCAAAUCCGCCUUAUGGCCUCGCGUUGCCUCCCUGUAACCCGUUCGCCGCUGCGGCGCCGGUUCCGAUGACAAAAGUGGAGGAGGGGCUGUGGUGUGUGGCUAAGCCCAGUGUUCCGGCGGAGACAUUGCAGGAGGCCAUGGACUUCGCAUGUGGAGAGGGCGGCGCCGACUGUAAGGAGAUUAGGCCUCACGGGAGCUGCUACAAUCCUGAUUCGCUCGUUUCGCAUGCAUCUUAUGCCUUCAACAGCUACUGGCAAAAGAACAAGAGGAAUGGAGGGACUUGCAAUUUUGGAGGGACUGCAAUGAUGAUCACUUCUGAUCCAAGCUCUGUUCACUGCAGGUUCAUUCUCAACUAGACACAGCAAUGCAAGCUACAGAUAGAGAAUGGGUUUUUGAUCGGAUUGUGGAUGGAAUUAUUCAAUUUGCCCCUUCUCAUUUUGGAUCCAGAAUUAGUUUUACAACCCUUUCUUGCUGCAUUUACCAUCUUAUUUGUUGUGAUAUAUUAGAUGCUGUUGAACUUGGGAAGCUCUCUUAGUUUUUUUAUGCUGUUACUGAGUCAUUAUCGUUGUCAUUAUGCUUGUUGAAAAAAAAAACUCUAUGAUAUUACCUA